ACAGCCCCAGCACAACUCCAAUAAAGAUAGUGGAGCCGUUGUUACCCCCUCCCGCCACUCAGAUUUCUGACCUCUCCAAAAGGAAGCCCAAGACAGAAGAUUUUCUCACUUUCCUCUGUCUUCGAGGUUCUCCAGCCCUGCCCAGCAACAUGGUGUAUUUUGGAAGUUCUCAGGAGGAUGAAGAUGAAGAAGAGGAAGAGGAGGAGACAGAGGACACAAAAACAGCCACAAACAAUGCUUCAUCAUCAUGCCAGUCAACCCCCAGGAAAGGAAAAACACAUAAACAUGUACCAAAUGGGCAAGUUUUCAAUGGGUCCAGCAAAUCAUCGAAGGAGAAAGAACCUGCUCAGAAACACAAAAGCAAAGAGGCCACACCAGGGAAGGAGAGGAACAGUGAACAUAAGGCUGAAAGCCGAAAAGACCAGGCUGCUGCUAAUCACCAUCCUACUACAAACACUGGCUCCUCUACGAAAGGGCUCACCCCUAACAACCACCACACUCUUCAUAGAUCGGCUCAGGACUUAAGGAAACAGGUUUCUAAAGUCAAUGGGAUCACUCGAAUGUCAUCUCCGAGUGCAAAUGUAGCCAGUGCCAAAAAGAUGAGAGAAGUCAGACCUUCACCGUCCAAAACUGUGAAGUACACUGCAACAGUGACAAAGGGAACUGUCACAUACACCAAAGCCAAGAAAGAACUGGUCAAGGAAACCAAACUAAAUCACCACAAACCCAGUUCACCUGUCAACCACACAAUCUCAGGGAAAAUAGAAAGUAGCAAUGCAAAAACCCGCAAACAGGUGCUAUCCCUUGGAGCAUCCAAGUCUAACAAUACCGCUGUUAAUGGUGUAAAAGUCAAUGGCAAGUUGAACCAAAAGACAUGCACUAAGGAGGUGGGGAGACAGUUGAGGGAGGGGCUGCGCAACUCGAAGAGGAGGCUGGAAGAGAUGAAUCACAUAGACAAGAUACAGUCGCCCACCAAGCGAAUGAAAGGGGCCGUCAACUUGACAGAAGCUGCCAGCAAAAAGGCAGCCAUAGAAAAGCCUUUGCUGAAUGGACAUCUUAAAAAGGAAGUGCCCGAGAAGAAUUUAGAAAGAAAUAGGCCGAAAAGAGCCACUGCUGGAAAGAGUACGCCAGGGAAACAAGCACAUGGCAAAACUGAAAAUGCCUCCUGUGAAAAUCGUUCUACCUCUCAAGCGGAGUCCUUGCACAAGCCACAAGACUCAAUGGGAAAGCACGAAAAGGGCAGUAGUAAGUCUGGGUGGGGGAUGCUGGGGGAGAUUCCCAUCCUUAGGCCCUCCACCAAGGAAUUUCAUGACCCACUGAUAUACAUUGAGUCAGUCCGAGCUCAGGUAGAGAAGUAUGGGAUGUGCAGGGUGAUUCCUCCUCCAGACUGGAGACCUGAGUGCAAGCUAAAUGAUGAAAUGCGGUUUGUGACCCAGAUUCAGCACAUACACAAGCUAGGCAGGCGCUGGGGACCCAACGUGCAGCGGCUGGCCUGCAUCAAGAAGCACCUCAAAUCUCAGGGCAUUACCAUGGACGAACUCCCACUUAUAGGAGGCUGUGAGCUUGACCUGGCCUGCUUCGUCCAGCUGAUCAAUGAGAUGGGGGGGAUGCAGCAAGUGACUGACCUCAAGAAAUGGAACAAGCUGGCAGACAUGCUGCGCAUCCCCAAAACUGCACAGGACAGGCUGGCCAAGCUGCAAGAAGCCUACUGCCAGUACUUGCUCUCCUAUGACUCCCUCUCCCCUGAGGAGCACAAGAAACUGGAGAAGGAGGUCUUGCUGGAAAAGGAAAUUUUGGAGAAGAGGAAAGGACCUUUGGAGGGACAUUUGGAGAAUGCCUACAAGUUCCAUUCCUUGCCCCGUUUUGAGCCCAAAAACGGACUCAUUAACGGCGUGGUUCACAAAAACGGCUUCCGCAACAAGUUAAAAGAGGUUGACGUCCCACUGAAGACGGGCAGGCGGCGGCUCUUCGCUCAGGAAAAGGAGACCACGAAGGAGGAGGAGGAGGAGGAGGAGGGAGUUCUUAGUGACUUACACAAGUGUAUAUACAAGGGUAGGUCUGUUUCUUUAACAACCUUCUACCGAACAGCAAGAAACAUCAUGAACAUGUGCUUCACAAAGGAGCCAACAGUAGCAGAAGUAGAGCAAGAAUAUUGGCGGAUAGUGGAACAGAAAGAUUGCCAUGUAGCAGUACAUUGUGGAAAAGUAGAUACCAACACCCAUGGGAGUGGCUUUCCUGUGGGAAAAUCUGAACCAUUUUCAAGGCAUGGGUGGAACCUCACAGUCCUUCCUAAUAAUACGGGAUCCAUCCUGCGACAUCUUGGUGCUGUGCCUGGAGUGACAAUUCCUUGGCUAAAUAUUGGCAUGGUCUUUUCUACCUCAUGCUGGUCUCGAGACCAAAAUCACCUUCCAUACAUAGACUACUUACACACUGGUGCUGAUUGCAUUUGGUAUUGCAUUCCUGCUGCGGAGGAGAACAAACUUGAUGAUGUGGUACAUACCCUGCUGCAAGCCAAUGGCACUCCAGGGCUGGAAAUGCUUGAAAGUAAUGUAAUGAUCUCCCCAGAAAUCUUGUGUAAGGAGGGGAUCAGGGUGCACCGUACUGUACAGCAGAGCGGGCAGUUUGUUGUCUGUUUUCCUGGAUCCUUUGUCUCUAAAGUGUGUUGUGGCUAUAGUGUUUCUGAAUCGGUGCACUUUGCUACCACCCAGUGGACAAGUAUGGGGUUUAAAACAGCCAAGGAAAUGAAGAGACGACGUAUAGCCAAACCCUUUUCAAUGGAAAAGUUGCUUUAUCAGAUUGCAACAGCAGAAGCAAAAAAGGAGAAUGGGUCGACUCUGAGUACGAUAUCAUCACUUCUUGGAGAGCUCAGGGACACGGAGCUGAGGCAGCGGCGGCAGCUUUACGAGGCAGGUCUCCAUUCUUCAGCGCGCUAUGGCAGCCACGACAGCAGCAGCACAGGGGUGGAUGGAAAGAAAAAGCCUCGAAAGUGGUUGCAGUUAGAAACGUCAGAGAGGAGAUGUCAGAUUUGUCAGCACCUCUGCUACCUUUCCAUGGUGGUGCAGGAGAAUGAAAAUGUUGUCUUCUGCUUGGAGUGUGCCCUGCGGCAUGUGGAAAAACAGAAGUCUUGUCGCGGACUGAAAAUGAUGUACCGUUACGAUGAGGAACAAAUAAUCAGUUUAGUCAAUCAAAUCUGUGGAAAAGUAUCUGGUAAAAAUGGCAGCAUUGAGAACUGUAUCAGCAAGCCCACACCAAAAAGAGGACCUCGUAAGAGAGCAACAGUUGACGUGCCAUCAUCUAGGCUUUCAUCCUCCAGUUCAUCCAAAAGUGCUUCAAGUUAAUCCUGAAGAUGCCAACACUCUCAUUUUGUCAAUUUAUAUAUAUUUUUUGUAAUUAUUAUACCAUAGUUUGGAGUACUUGCUGUAGAAUACAAGCUGUCUUUGCACUAGCUCUAAAGAAGAUUUUCUUCUGGUUUUAGAGAACUAAUUUUGUUUUAGCAU